AUGACAGUGGCUACCGGAGACCCAGCAGACGAGGCUGCUGCCCUCCCUGGGCAUCCACAGGACACCUAUGACCCAGAGGCAGACCACGAGUGCUGUGAGAGAGUGGUGAUCAACAUCUCAGGGCUGCGGUUUGAAACGCAGCUCAAGACCUUAGCCCAGUUUCCAGAGACCCUCCUAGGGGACCCAAAGAAGCGGAUGAGGUACUUUGACCCCCUUCGAAAUGAGUACUUUUUUGAUCGGAACCGCCCCAGCUUUGAUGCCAUUCUAUACUACUAUCAGUCUGGGGGCCGGUUGAGACGACCUGUGAACGUGCCCUUAGACAUAUUCUCUGAAGAAAUUCGGUUUUAUGAGCUGGGAGAAGAAGCAAUGGAGAUGUUUCGAGAAGAUGAAGGCUACAUCAAGGAGGAAGAGCGUCCUCUGCCCGAAAAUGAGUUUCAGAGACAGGUAUGGCUUCUCUUUGAAUAUCCAGAGAGCUCAGGACCUGCCAGGAUUAUAGCUAUUGUAUCUGUCAUGGUGAUCUUGAUCUCCAUCGUCAGCUUUUGUCUUGAAACAUUGCCUAUAUUCCGGGAUGAAAAUGAAGACAUGCAUGGUGGUGGCAUGACCUUCCACACCUAUUCCAACAGCACCAUUGGGUACCAGCAGUCCACUUCCUUCACCGACCCUUUCUUCAUUGUAGAGACCCUCUGCAUCAUCUGGUUCUCCUUUGAGUUCUUGGUGAGAUUCUUUGCCUGUCCCAGCAAAGCUGGCUUCUUCACCAACAUCAUGAACAUCAUUGACAUUGUGGCCAUCAUCCCCUACUUCAUCACCCUGGGGACAGAGCUGGCUGAGAAGCCAGAGGAUGCCCAGCAAGGCCAGCAGGCCAUGUCACUGGCCAUCCUCCGUGUCAUCCGCUUGGUAAGAGUCUUUAGGAUUUUCAAGUUAUCCAGACACUCUAAAGGUCUCCAGAUUCUAGGUCAGACCCUGAAAGCCAGCAUGAGAGAGUUGGGUCUGCUGAUAUUCUUCCUCUUCAUCGGGGUCAUCCUUUUCUCUAGUGCUGUCUAUUUCGCAGAGGCCGAUGAGCGAGAGUCCCAGUUCCCCAGCAUCCCGGAUGCCUUCUGGUGGGCAGUCGUCUCCAUGACAACUGUAGGCUAUGGAGACAUGGUUCCGACUACCAUUGGGGGAAAGAUUGUGGGUUCCCUAUGUGCAAUUGCAGGUGUAUUAACCAUUGCCUUACCAGUCCCUGUCAUAGUGUCCAAUUUCAACUACUUCUAUCACCGGGAGACCGAGGGAGAGGAACAGGCCCAAUACUUGCAAGUGACGAGCUGUCCAAAGAUCCCAUCCUCCCCUGACCUAAAGAAAAGCAGAAGUGCCUCCACCAUUAGUAAGUCCGAUUACAUGGAGAUUCAGGAGGGGGUAAACAACAGCAAUGAGGACUUUAGAGAAGAAAACUUGAAAACAGCCAAUUGUACCUUGGCUAACACAAACUAUGUGAAUAUCACCAAAAUGUUAACUGAUGUCUGA